AUGUCCGAUAUCGAUUCCGCUAACGGCGUCCGCGGAGGAUACGACGGUAACAACUAUGCUGUCAAAGUCACCUUCACCACGUUCCUGGUGAUCGCACUGUACAACUCAAUCGAACUCGUCAUCCUCAUCUUCUCGACGUUCAAACACUAUCGGGGAUUGUACUUCUGGAGUUUGAUGGUCUCCGUUGUGCUCGGUGUCAUCCCGCAGUCUAUCAGCUUCAUUCUCAAGUACUACUCGCUCGCCCCCCUCUGGUUUACGCUUACCUUCUCGACCAUCGGCUGGUAUUUCAUGGUCACCGGGCAGGCCGUCGUCCUCUAUUCACGGCUCAACCUCGUCGUACAUAACCCCAAAGUCCUGCACCGUGUUCUAGUUAUGAUCGUGUUUAAUGCGAUUUGCUUGCAAAUUCCUACUACCGUCCUGACCUAUGGCUCUAACUUCAGUACCAAACCCGCCUAUAUCAACGGCUACGGGGUCAUGGAGCGCAUCCAGCUAAUCGGCUUCUCGCUGCAAGAGUUCAUUAUCUCAGGGCUAUACAUUCUUGAAACCGUCAAGAUGGUCCGCUUGGACAUGGAGACGUUCGACCAACCCCAUCGCUCCACGAACAUCCUGUACCAGCUUAUCGGCAUCAACCUAUUGAUCAUUAUGCUCGACAUUGUCUUGCUAACGGUUGAGUUCUUGAACCUCUUUGUCAUCCAGACGACGCUCAAACCCAUGGUCUACAGCAUCAAGUUGAAGCUGGAGUUGGCUGUUCUAGGCCGGCUAGUGGUAUUAGUCCGUUCGCAUCGCCUCUCCACUUCGGGUGCUUAA